AGCAUUCUCAUGGAAAACAAUAUUACUCGGCCCACUCUACCCAACGAUUGCGACUCCGGCGAUAGCAAGCGAGUAAGAAUGUCUGAUCCAGCAUUUACCGAUGACGGGGAAGGCAGACAUGUCAAAUUACCAAAAAUUGAAGAAAACGGAGACGUAGGGUCGUCAUCGGAAGCAACACAUGUCACUGUCGACUCACUAAUGGCUGACGUGGCAAUUAACGGUCUAGACGCAAAAACAAACGCCGGCCACGGAGUAGUCUCAGUCAUGGGACGGCAGAGAACCAUGACAACCGCCGUUGCCACCGUCGUCGACGAGAUUCCGUCGUACAAUCUUUUUGGAAUCUUUGACGGUCUUAGGCUCGCUAAAUUCUUCGAGGAGAGGCUGCGUCGGCUCGUGAAGGAGGAGGUAACGGCAUGCCACAGUCGCGGGGUAGCGGUGGACUGGCAUGAAGUGAUGAAAUCAUGUUUUUCUGAGGCGGCCGGGACGGUGGGGAUCGACACAGCGAAAGCGGUGGUAACAGUUGUCGGAAAAGAGGAGGUGGUUGCGCUUUGCCGUGGCGGUGCGAGGAUGGUUCUUUACUCUCACGACGGCGUCGCUUUGCCUCUUUGCCAUCUCCAUCACCACCUGACUGGUGUGGAUCAAAAAUUGAAGAUUCAUAAGCGAAGAAUGAAAGAUGAUUUCAUUGUACUUGCAUGCGAAGGCCUAUGGGAAGUUGUCUCCGACGACGACACAUAUCAGCUUGUCAAACGUUGUCUUUACGGCAAAUCACAUGACGGAUGUAAACCUGAAUCAAACUCGACAAAGGCUGCGGUGAUAUUGGCAGAGCUUGCAAUUGCUAGAGGAAGCAAAGAAAAUAUUAAUAUCAUCGUUAUUAACCUCAAGAACUCUGCUGUUUCGUAGCUUUACUUCAUUUUUGGUGUGCUUCUCAAUUAAUCUUAGGUUUUUUUUUGGUAUGAGUUAAUUAUUAUUAUUUCUCUUUUCGUUUAUAUUUUUUCAAACUCUAGUUUUC